UUUAAAGCAAUGAAAUCAAUUCAUUCAGCUAACAAAUUUCCGAUUGAUUUCUUUGACAGAAGUGAUGAAUCUCCUGUUGACAAAGGAAGUUACGGCCAGGCUUUAAAAAUGGAUAGUGUUGAGCUAAAGCCAAUCAGGAGUCGGAACUUCCAAAACAAGUUCGAUACUUUCAGUAAAUAUUCAUACUAUUCAUUUUUGAAAAAUACACCUCACAUCAGAAACAAAGUAAUUGCCUCUCAGAACAACCAAUAUCGGAGUAAAGAUCUUGGAAGAAAAUAUGAAGGUCUCAGGAGUUCUAAAAGCUCAAGAGGAAAUUACAAUUCUUCUCCUAUUAAAAAAAAUAUGCUGUGACGAAGCCAAGAAGACGCUAUUUUGAUAUCCAAUAAAGGCUAUGGGAGACAAAAUCACUCCAGUAGAAUCUAUAAAGCUCCAAUCGUUUUCACGAAUGAUAAAACACCUUCACAUCUAUUUCUGUCAGCAAACAAGGGUAUAAACCCAGUAUCAAGUUUUGCUCCAGGAGUGCUUAAACAAGUAAGCACCAGCGCUGAAGGACUAAAAUCUGAUGGUAUAAAUCGUUCGACUAAACUAUCAAUCCAGAAUAAAUUACUUAACCCAUCAAAUCCUUACUGUAGAGAGAAGAAUGAUGGAUUUAACAAUGAUUCUUCUCUGAAGGUUAAUGAGCAAUCAAUUGAGACAAUUAAUGGGAAUUUCUUUACCUCAAAAUCAUUAAACGAAGUCAAAAUAAACUUAAAAUCUCCAAGUAUUUAUCAGCGAAACUUAGAUCUAGACAGGAAGUUAAAUUUGUAUCAUAAAAUCAAGGUCCAGAGAAGGACCCGACCAUUACAGAAAAUCAAGGGUCCCAAGACCCUUGAGAUUCCAGGAUUUAGUAAGAAGAAGAGGGUGCAAAAUGCAAUCAAGCAGGUAGAAUCUUUGCAUAACAAAAGAAACCUCUGGAACCCUAGAAGCUAUCUUAAGCAUUCUCAAAUCGCCAAGAAAGUUAUUAGCGCAGACUGUUUGAAAAAUGAAAGGUCUGAAUCUGAAGAAAUGAUGAACUCAACUGCUGAAUUUUACAAACCUUCAAGUCAGGAUUCUGACCAAAGGGAAUCUCGAUCAAGUUUGGACAAAUUGAGGAGAAAUGAAGUCAAAAUAGUCCCAAGAGUUAAAAGUGAGAAUACUGAGAUAAGGAAAAGCAAGCCACAAGUUUCUUCCAAAGCAUGAUUUAAUGCUUAUGGUAAGAAAGUAGUUGCAGGUCCAGUUCAACAACAACAGAAGUUUCAGAUGUAUAGCCCUCAUAUCAUGCAUCAGAAAAAGCUAUGGGCUUCAAAAGGAAGAAAGAUUUGGGAGAAAUUACGCAUGAGAAACUCUAAGAAUCUGACAAAGAAAGAAAAUUCUGAUGAACCUCUUAAGCUUAAAAGGUACAAAAUCUGAGGCAGCAAAAGUGCUAAAUAAACUCAGCCCUGUCUCUAAUAGCGCUAGUCGGUAUAAGGUAAAUCGAGGUUUAGCAUCUGAAUCUCAAGAGGCAUAUAAGAACAAUAUACAACAGAGCAAUAAGAGCAUAACGAAGGACAAGCCAAAGUCUAUCCAUUUUCGUAAGAUCCAAUUUGAAGGAAUAACUAACACAUUCUUGAUCAAUGAAACUACAAAAAGCACGAGGCAGAAUAUAAGACAUGAAGAAUACCGGGCUUAAGCACCUGCAGUGAUAAAACCUUCAGGUCUUUAUAUACCUUACCUAGCCAGACUCCUAAAGCUACGCACAUAAAAGAUAUGUGUUUGGGAGUUAGGCCAAUAUUGGCCCUGAGAAAUUUACUAAGUUUUAGUAAGUUUA